AUUCUUCUUUGUCAUGACCAAGUUGCAUAUCUUCCAGAGAGUAGCCAACGUCUUGGUCUACCUAUUCUUCCUCUCGGCCACCGUCUACAGUGUUGUCGCCCCUCCUCCUGAUGAUGAGGUUGGCCACGAAGGAUUGACCUACAUUACUCCUUCUUUCUGGGUAUCUUCUAUCUGGACUGUUAUCCACUUCUUGCUCGGUGGCUUCGUCAUCUACCAGUGGUUUGAGCCUGCCCACGCUGCUGCCCUCCACGGUGUUGGCUGGCACUUUGUCAUCUCAGUCUUGCUCAGUGCUGGCUGGCUCGCUCUCUUGAAAUCGGGUCACUUUAUCAUCGGUUUCAUCUUUGUUCUCCUUACUGCUUCCUCGGUCUCUUUUGUGUUCUACAACCUUGAGAAGAACUACCCCACCUCUAGCAUCUAUGACAAGCUCUUCAUCCACGCUCCCUUCUCCUUGUGGCACGGAUGGAUCGUCUUCUCUGCUGUUGUCAACCUGUUCCAGGCUUUCACUGGCUUGAAGGAGGAUGGACCCACCGUCUUCUUGCGCAUUCUCGUCAUCUUUGGUAUUCUCUUCUUGACCUCCACUGCUGUCGGUUACGUCGAGUACAAGAAGACCAAGGGCGAUCUUACUGGCGCCUUUGUUAUCGGACUUGGUCUCGUUGCCAUUUUCACCAACCAGUCCGACCCAUGGAUUCACUGGACCGCUCUCGGUGCUGCCAUCAUCACCUUCAUCUACCCUGCCCGCCCCUACGUCUUCAAGCUUGUCGGUCGUGACACCGAUGCUGAGAACAGCCCUCUCUUGGGUUAAAAGGAUUUCUUUUUCUUUUGCUUAAAAGAACAAAAAAAAACAAAACUACCAAAUUUUACAUAAUUCUGUAUAUCAUUAAUGAAUAAUCGAACUUCCUUGAUGAAUAAAUUCAAUAGGAAAUAAAACAUCCUUGUAUAUCCAAACUUCUUCUUUUUUUUCUGUGCCACAGCAUUUUUUUUUGGUUGUUUAAAACGGUUGUACGAUUUGAUCAAUUUUAGCCAAGACACCGUAAAGAGCCAUAUAGCAUGUAUGUAUAUAUGAUUAUAUAUAACACCAGGAAAAAAGAAGCAAGGCAAUUUUGAUCUUGUUCAAGAAAUGAUAUAAAUGCCUAUGUGGGUCAGUCGUUGGUUGU